AUGGCGCCGUCCGAUCCAGUAAUAAUCCUCGGCGCCGGCGUGACAGCCCUUACCCUCGCGCAUCAACUCCUCUUCCCACCCUCAGCACCGCCCAACACUACACAAACCCACCAUCGCCCGAUCCUGAUCCUCGCGUCUACUAUCCCGACCUCACCACACUCCACUAUCCCGCCAUCCUACGCCUCCCUCUGGGCAGGCGCGCACUACCGCCCCAUUCCGGCCUCGACGCCUCAACUUGCUUUCGAGAGGGAGCUCGCUCUCCGUACGCACGCCAGUAUGCUCCAACUUGCUUCCACCUACCCGGAGACAGUCUCAGGUAUCGCGCGGAUCCCUGCUGAGGAGUAUCUCGAAACCGAUCCUGAUGCUGCUACGCUUGCGCUGAGGACUGGAGACGUCUACGCUGGACCAGGCGACGACUUCCACGUGCUAACCGCCGACGACCUGGCUACACUCAACGCCGCAUCAUCGCCAAGAGCGGAGCCCGUCAGAUGGGGCUGCACCUAUAAUACGUACUGCGUCAACCCGGCACUGUACCUCCCUUUUCUGAUUCAGCGCAUCCAAGCAAGGGGAGCGCGGAUCGUGCAGGCGCACGUCGACUCUUUCGCGCACGCGGUGGAGCUGGCGAGGGGGUUGGGGUUCCUUCCCUCGCACCCCGGCGAAGGACGUGAAGCAGCAGCAGCAGCAGCAGGAGGGGGAGCGCCGACGAUAGUAGACGCCACAGGCACCGGCCUCCUCCCUGACCCCGUCUGCCGCGUAAUCCGCGGGCAGACAGUUCUCGUGAAGCAGCAGUUCCCUAAGACGGUGACGAGGCAGUGCCGCGACGGCAGCUGGUCCUUCCUAAUCCCCCGACCAGGCGGCGGGGGCACAAUCGUCGGAGGGACGAAGGAAAUUGGGGACCACGAGGCGCUACCGAGGCGGAAGACGAGGGAGGGGUUGUUGGGGAGGGCGAGGGCGUGGUUUUUGGGUGAGUUUGUGGGGAGGGAUGGGGAGCUGGAUGUGGUGGGGGAUAUUGUGGGUUUCAGGCCGUGGCGGGAGGGCGGGGUGAGGUUAGAGGCGGAAUUAACGGAAGUGGUCAUGGUGAAAGAUGUCAGCAGCAGCAGCAGUAGCAGUGACUCGAGUCAAAAAGGGCAAGGUGUGGCGGAUACGGAGACCGUGAGGGUGGUGUAUGGCUAUGGGCUGGGUGGGAGGGGGUAUGAGUUGAGCUGGGGCGUUGCGGAGCGGCUUGUGGAGUUGGUUGAUGGUCGGGCGAGCGGGGGACAAGAGUAUAAGAGGGCGAUAAAGGCGAGGCUGUGA